UCGAACCAGUCGUUUACAGUUUUUGUUUCGCUCCGUUAUCUAUACUUUAUAGCAUGAAUUGUUCAAAGUGCAACGUUGUGUUGGCGGAUACCGACUGUGUUAAAUGUUCAAUUUGUUCUAAGCCAUUCCAUAUUGCUUGUACGUCUAUUUCGGGUUUAACCGGCAAUAAUCUUAAAACUCGUUGUACUUCGUGGCUGUGUACUGUUUGCGAGUGUUCAAGACUUGGAGUUAGAAAAUCACCGGUUACUCAACCAGUUGCAGAUACUGAUUUCAUUUCUAAAAUUAAUACCAUUCUUUCGACAGUAAAUGAUAUUAAACAAUCGGUUUCUAAACAUGAAACCUCGCUUUCGUCACUCAAUAAGAAGCUAGACAAUGUUUCUGUUCAACUGCGGGAAUUGGGGACUCGUACUUUAGUGCUCGAAAAUAAAGUCACCCAAUUAGAAAAUCAAUUGUCUAGUGCUAAAUCUUCAAACUAUUCAGCGGACGAGACCAUAAUAUCCGAAGUUAUUGAUCGUCAGGCAAGAUCACGAAGUUUAAUUGUCUUUAAUGCUGCAGAAUCUGAUGGAAAUACUGAAGAUGAUUUAUCGCUAAUUAAGUCUGUUCUACUUUCUAUAGCUCCUAAUAUUGCUCCAGCAUUAGUUUCUAGACUAGGCCAAAAAUCAAGUAAACCUCGGCCACUUAAAGUUAUUUUACAUGAGCCAUCCGAUGUUUUUAUUGUACUUAAAAAUAAACACAAACUUCGCACGUCUUCUACAUACAGUUCCAUUCGUAUAUCUCCAGAUCGUACUAUUAUGCAACGAAAUCAACUUCGUGAUAUCAUAGUGAAACUCGAGGAACGUAAAACAGCCGGCGAAACCAACUUAGUUAUGAAGUUUGUCAAAGGUGUACCGACCAUUUCAAAAAACUAACAAACGGGCCAGUUAUUAAUAAUCUAAAUUUCUACUAUCAAAAUGUUCGUGGACUCAAUUCCAAAUUAAAUAUUUUAAUGCGUAAUGUAUAUUUAUCAGAAUAUGAUUUUAUCGGCUUAUCUGAAACUUGGUUAUCUCCUAAUGUUAAUACUUCUGAAUUAGGUUUAUCUAACUAUAAUACUUAUCGCUGUGACCGAAACCAUAAUACUAGCAAUCGUUCUAGAGGUGGAGGAGUUCUACUAUCAAUUAAUAAUAAAUUUCAUUCACGUUUAUUACCUUUACCUAUCAGCCCUGUUGAACAUGUAUUUGUCAUUAUAAAAGUAAACAAUAGUUAUAUUAUAAUAGGUAAUGUUUAUUUUCCUCCUCAUACUGAUAUCUCAAUUUACAAUGCACAUUUUGUUAUUCUUAAUAAUUUACUUUUAAAAUUUCCUUAUGUUACUAACGUAAUUAUGGUUGGUGACUACAAUUUUCCUAAACUACAAUGGCUUGCUAGUUCCAUUGGAUUUUUUCCAAAUCUUUUGAACUUAAGUAAUUUUGAAUCUGAUUUCUUAUCGAAUCUAUCUUUUUUAAAUCUUUAUCAAUUUAAUAAUGUUUAUAACAAUACUGGUUCAAUGCUUGACUUAGUUCUCUCUGAUUUAAGUGAUUUAUCCGUAAUUAAAUCUGUUAAUCCACUUAUUCCGUGUGACAUGUAUCAUCCGGGCUUAUUAAUUUAUAUUCCUAUAGUUAUAAGUGAACCAAUUAAAUAUAAUUUUUGCAUGUAUAACUUUUUUAAUUGUAAUUACGCUGAUAUAACUUUUUGCUUAGCAUCGAUUGAUUGGAAUUCUAUAUUUAAUGAUCUUAGUAUUAAUGAA